AUGGCGCUGCCCCGCCUGGGUGCGAUAGAGACUCUCUUCAAUCGCCGUUUGAAGCCCGUGAUCGCCCGAGGCGACACAGCGGCCCUAUCCGCGCUGACGGGCCUGCGUGAGUUGCACCUGCGGGACACUUAUCUCCCUGAUCCCUGCCGCCUCACUGCGCUGCCGCGGCUCGAGGCCCUCACGUUCACAGAUGUCGAAAUUGCCAUCGUAAAUUUUGCGGACAGUCUUGGCGAGCUGCGAUGUCUUACGCGCCUCCACGUGCACUGCGUGACUCUUGACGACUGCGACUGCUUUGAUGAUGAAACAUGCGCCGUCCCGCUGGUGAAACGUGCGACGACAUUGCGUGCGCUGUCGGUCCGCCCAAGCGACAGUGAUGACGUCCACGUGGGAAAUCACGACACUUCUGAUCUCACGAGCUGCCUGCCCAUGCUCACUUAUCUCGACCUAAACAGCAACGACAUCAACUCAACGGGCACCUGCGGGCUGACUGGUUUGCGCAACCUGGCCCACCUUGACCUGAGUUACAAUGACAUCUGCGAUGCCGGGGCAGCCGCUUUGACCUGUUUGACCGCGCUCACCGAGCUCUGCUUGUCCACCAACAGAAUUGGGACGCUCGGGGUCAAAGCCCUUGCGAGCUUGACCGACCUGGUGUACCUUGACGUGAGCGACAACGUUGAGAUUGACGACGAGGGUGCCUUGGCGCUGGCGGGCACGACGCACCUCACAACCCUGUGUGUCAGCAGGCAAGGUUUCAAGGAGCACGGCACGGCCGCGCUGAUGGCCACGUUGAGAGGCGAGCUUCCUUACUUGUAUGGCAUAGGAAACAUGCUUUACGGAAGGAUUAAUUAUGAUCUUGGCCCUUGGUAG